GUUUCAGCAAGUGAAGAGUACUUUGGACGACUAUUUCAUUCAUCCAGUCAAUGAAGUUUAUGAGAGCGCUCGCUUUCAUAGAAGAGCCCAGGCGGCAGAAGAAACGGUGGACGAAUUUUAUACGGCACUGUGUAACAUGGUGAAGAAAUGCAAUUAUCGCUCAGCUGAGGUGCAAGAGCGGCUGGUGCGGGACCGAUUUGUUGUCGGGCUGCGGGACUCUCCACUGUCGGAUCUAUUGUGUCGCAUCCCAAAGCUGACGCUGGCGGAAGCCCUGAUUCAAGCACGUCAGUACGAAGACGCUGAAAAAGAGAAGCGAGCAAGGGAAAACCAAGGCCAGAGCCGCCACGAGGAACCAAAUGUGCUUAACAUAGAUGCUACAGACGUUACAAGGUUACCGGGAGAGAGGAAGCGAGAAGGGUCAUGCCAAUAUUGUGGACGUGGACAACAUCGACGGCUGGACUGCCCUGCGAGGAGAGCGGUAUGCCAAUGGGACACGUUCGCGAGGUGCGCCGGGCUAGGAAGAAGUCUAAGAACGCAACAUUGGAUACGCUCCAUUUAGAAGAGGCGGAGGACCGUACGGACAGAGCAAGGUUCACUAGACUAGCAGUUAACGGACACUGGGUCCGGUUUAAGAUAGACUCGGGAGCGGAAGUUACGGUAGUACCAGAGGACCUCCCGUGGGUGCCUGAGCUCUUGGAUCCAGAAGAUGUCAGCCUUACGGGCCCCGGAGGUCAGGCGCUUCAGAUUCGUGGCUCCUUUUCGGCGACGCCUACCUGGAAGGAUAGGACAGCGCAGCAGAGGGUGUACGUCUUGUCUUCACUGUCGACGCCACUUUUGGGACUUCCGGCCAUAGAAGCCCUCGGCGUGUUCAAGUUCGUCGAAGGUGUGUCGGCGGUGAAAAGGACACAGCAGGCGCCAAUGGAUUCAGUCCAGCUCAAGUGCUGAUGGGCCGAAAGCUGAGAACGCGGUUGCCCACACUACAAAACAAGCUUCGUCCUAGAUGGCCACCAUGGAGAAGGUGGAAACAGUCUGAGAAGAGAUGCAAGCAGCGGCAGUCGGAGGACUACAAUCGCCGGCACCGAGUGCGAUCACUUCGGCCCUUAGGACCUGGACAAGUAGUCUGGGUGACAGACAUUAAACGCAGUGGAACGGUCCUGAGCACUGCGCACCGACCUCGUUCGUAUUCAGUGGUAAUAGACAGCGGAGUGAUAGAGAGAAAUCGGCGGCAUUUGGUUGCCUACGAGACAGAUGAGGAACAAGCGUCUCUGAGCUCUUCAAGUGCUGUUGUGACAGACCACCGAUUUUUGCCGCCUGUAGCAACAGCUGGGGAGGAGGAAAGUAGUCAACACAAUAACGGUGACAACGCGCGAAUGUUUCAUUCCCGAGGUACACCAGUUGGACGAGAGGAAGGCACCAGGCCGGUGAGAGUCUCAAGGUUUGGUCGAGUGAUAAGGACCCCGCGACGCUUUAAUUUGUAACGGUGCUUUAAGUAGGCAUUUAGGAAUGGUAUUGUGUGAUUAUAGGUAGUUGUUGUUAGUUGUUUCUGUGGCUUGGCGUUGCCUGUUACUAUGCCGAGAAAAUUAGAAGAGAUUGACAGUUUGUUCCUGGAACUAAGUUUGUUACUUCAAGUUUAUUUAUGUUUAUGCUUUUUCAAGUUUAUGCUUUUUCGAAUUUAGAAUAACUGUCUUUUGUAGGGGAGAUGUAGUGUACUGCUAUCUGUGCGUGGAUCUGUGCAUCCUCGUGGCUUAUCGCAAAGAGAGCGUGAUUGUAUGGA